CGGUGUGUGGGCUGAGCUUCAUGGGGCUGAGCUUCGAUGGAGGACCACAUGACGGGGCACAACAAGGAGAAGCGUUAUGAGUGCGACGUGUGUGGCAAGGCCUGGCAGUGCCCGAGCCAUCUUGAGAUCCAUAGGCGGGAGCACACGGGAGAACACCCCUUCAACUGCUCGGAGUGCGGAAAGAGCUUCAAGACGGCGGAUGUGCUGAAGAUCCACCAGCGGGUGCACACGGGCAAGAAGCGCUAUGGCUGCUCCACCUGCGGCAAGAACUUUGCCCAGUUGUCGGGGCUGCAGGAUCACCGGCCGGUGCACAGCAGUGAGGGGCCCUUCACCUGCUCCGACUGCGGCAAAUGCUUCAAGUCGUCGCCGGACCUGAAGAGGCAUGGGCGCCUGCACGCCAGGGAGCGCCUCUACACCUGUACCCAGUGCGGCAAGGGCUUCACUCACUCCUCCAAGCUGCUGGAGCACCAGCGCACCCACAGUGGCGAGCGCCCCUACACCUGUGCCCAGUGCACCAAGAGCUUCUCCAGCUCCACCAAGUUGCUGUUGCACCAGCGCACCCACACCGGCGAGCGGCCCUACACCUGCGCCCAGUGCGGCAAGGGCUUCACCCAGUCCAGCAUCCUGCGGUCCCACCAGCGAACCCACACCGGCGAGCGGCCCUUUACCUGCACCCAGUGCGGCAAGGGCUUCACCCGGUCCAGUCACCUGCUGUCCCACCAGCGCACACACACUAGUGAGCGCCCCUACACCUGUGCCCAGUGCAGCAAGAGCUUCUCCUGUUCCACCAAGUUGCUGUUGCACCAGCGCACCCACACCGGCGAGCGCCCCUACACCUGCGCCCAGUGCGGCAAGGGCUUCACCCAGUCCAGCAUCCUGCGGUCCCACCAGCGAACCCACACCGGCGAGCGGCCCUUUACCUGUACCCAGUGCGGCAACUGCUUCACCCGGUCCAGGCACCUGCUGGAUCACCAGCGUACCCACACCGGUGAGCGCCCCUACACCUGCGCCCACUGUGGCAAGGGUUUCACCCGCCCCGGCACGCUGCUGGCCCACCAGCGCACCCACACUGGCGAGUGCCCCUACACCUGCGCCCAGUGCGGCAAGGGCUUCACCCAGCCCAGCAACCUGCGGUCCCACCAGCGAACCCACACCGGCGAGCGGCCCUUUACCUGCACCCAGUGCGGCAACUGCUUCACCCGGUCCAGGCACCUGCUGGAUCACCAGCGCACCCACACCGGUGAGCGCCCCUACACCUGCGCCCACUGUGGCAAGGGCUUCACCCGCUCCAGCAUCCUGCUGAAGCACCAGCGCACCCACACCGGCGAGCGCCACGUCCGCCGUCAACCCCUCACCAAGGUGGCUGCCGUUAAUCCCUCAACAAGAUGGCCGCCGGCUGCAGACCAAUCAGCGGCGCUGACCUCACCUGCCCUCACCAAGAAGGCCGCCCUCCCCAGGCCGACUCUCCCAGUCGACCGCAUGAAGAUGGCGGCGGAGAAGCGGCAGUUGGUGACGUCGCUGCGGACGGAGCUGAGUGACAGCAGCAGCUCACCGGCGUGGGUCCGCCGGUGCUGCAGCAACCCCCGCGAGCUAUCAAACUACUCACCGCAGGACGGGCAGUCGUAG